AUGAAAGAACCUUCCCCUGAACCGAAUUAUGGAACAAACCACGAAACCAAUUGGAAUGACAGUAAUGAAUCCAUAGCGUCUGGUAUUUCGAACCACCCAACUGGUGAGAAUGUUGACAAUGGAUCUGUGGACCAUUUUGCAACUACAGGAUUUGAGGUAUCAUCAUUUAAAAGAGCCAAAAGGUACAUUAAAUAUCUUUUGGGUUUGAGGAGAUCUCGUAGGGAACCGUUGUUACCUCAUCAUUCCCCACCGCCUUCACCAGCAGCUCCUAGGCGCCCAAUCAACUAUAUUAUAUUCGAUAUAAUUUGGAACAGAAUUUUGUCAGAAGCGAACAGGGAAUUAUUAAGUAACUAUAAAUGGGUAUUUUUUCUUUUGUCGAUUUUAAUUGUGGUGGCUGUCCUAGCCAUUACCAAUAACUUCGAGUACUUGAAUGUUUUCCUCAAGAAUUUAUUUUGUUACCUUAUAAAUUGUUUACGGAAGGGAACUACAGAUUGUUAUGUAUGA